AUAAAAAAUCCGUCUUGUAAUUUAAUAGGAUCUCUAUGGCCAAACCCCUAUCUACGUCACUUCCGAAAUUUGAGAGAGAAGUGAGAUGGCAGAGCUGUCGCUAUAUCUCACUAAUGUCAACAUCUCUUUGGGGAAAACUAUGGACGCUGAAAAGAGCUCCAAUAUGGUGAAGGAGUUUGAGAGUGUGGAGCUGGGAGACAUAGGGAUGAAGAAGCAGAAGGUGCCCCGAAGAACAAUUUACUUUGCCAGUGGAGAGACCAUGGAGGAAUACAGCACAGAUGAAGAAGAAGAGGAGGAAGUGCAAGCUUCUAUAGCUGUUAAGACCUCAGCUGACCCUUCCAGGUUGACUUGGGGUCCAUAUUUUUUGUUUCACAUGUGGAGAGUGGCAACCUCCACUAUUUCAGUUUGUGACUAUCUUGGGGAGAGAAUGGCCUCAUUGUUUGGCAUUACGUCACCUAAGUACCAGUAUGCUAUCGACGAGUACUACAGAAUGAAAAAGGAGGAGGAGGAGGAGGAGGAGGAGAACCGGCUGUCUGAGGAGGCAGAGCGUCGUUUUGAGGAGGAGCGUGAACAGGAGAUGCAGCAGCCAGCCAUGGAGCAGCCGGAGGGUAAAGCCUCCUUCGUCAACGUCACCUUUGAGCUGGAUCAAGAUGCCACAUCUGAUGCCAACAGAUUCCCUGCCCCCAUCCCCACCUAACAGUUCAAUUAAAUGGACAUCUUCACAUUUCACGAUGUAGCCUCAGCAUUUUUGCUAUAGUGUAGUUCUUAUUUUUGUAUCAUAUUGAUCAUGUUCUAUUAAUACUGUAAGUCAGACAUGAGACAGAAUACAUAUUUUUUAGUUGCUGCGUUGUCAAUAACUUUUGUGUGCAAUGAACAUUGCUGUGCGUCAGUGAAUGAGCACACACAUUAUAGAUAUGAUGCUGAUUUGAACUAUUUGCCGGUUUAAGAGAUCUGAUACAUUUUUUCAGGUACUUAAUAACAUUGUUAUACAAUAAGUUAGCAGCGAGAUAAGUGACCUUUCUAAAACCAUUCCAGAGGUGCAUAAUGUUAUUGGAAUAGUUUAUUUAUUUCAGUUGGAAAUAGUUUUUUUAUUUUCAUUGUCAACCGUGACAAUUUUCCCCUUAAAAUACCCACAAAAAUCUUAUUGUUUUACUAUGACUAGUUCUCCAGUACUUUUCAGAAAGGUCAUCAAAAUGAUGUUGAGAACUGUCCUCCAGUUCUCCUUUAACAAAACUUCACAUGUUGUUUGUUGGCAUCUGUGCUCACACUUCAAUCAUUACUAUUGUCCAGAUCCAUACAUUUAGAAAUAGUUUUGCUGAAGUUUAUCUAAUCUGCCAUGAUCCCUUCUGAGUGUGUGUAUAAGGCUUGAGAAGGAAGCCCAAGGUAAAGCGAAACAUGUUUAAAACAUAUCUGCUGCUUUUCUUUUGAACAGCAGUAUUGUCAAGAUGACUACUUUUCACAGUCCCCAAAUAAUAUGAAAUGCCACUUUAUUAGGGCUGGUUGUAUAAGGAAAAUAUUUUCCCAUCCUACGGUAUUCACACUACACACCUUUACCCAAGGAAAGAAAAACUGAAAGGCCAACAUAAUUAUGUAAAAUCAUUUUAUAAUGUGUUAAUGGAAAAACAGUUUAAUUUGAAGGCUUUUUAUAGUCAUUUUUAGAGUAAAAUACAUAGCAUUUUCAUUUUCUAUAGUAUGUACACUACAUUAAUAAACAUUUAAACAGGU